AUGUCAGGAAUACUACCCUUUGUUGAAGAUAAUUUAGGAGAGAAACUAAAGCGGCAUAAACAGGAACCGAUUCUGAUAGAGUCGAUAAUACGGGGAGAUGAAUCUACGCCACCGAUCAGCACCACAAACAAGAAAGAUGAACCCAUCACAUCGUUUGCAAUCGAAGAGGUAAAUGAUGACCCCGAUGAACUAAUAGGAUUACGAGGAGAAGGAAGGUAUUUUGGAGUAACGGAUCCCGAUAAUGAGAAUCAACAAACUCUUGGACCUAUAUGUGAUAAUUGUCAUGAACGUGGCCAUAGACGAGCACAAUGUAAGGUUGUAAUUUGCCAUAAAUGUGGGAAAGUGGGCGACCACUAUGAAAGUCAAUGCCCUACGACCUUGGUUUGUUUGCGAUGCGGUGAAAAGGGUCAUUACGUUCUGCAGUGUAAGAGCAAAAUACGGAAGAAGCAGUAUUGUCGCAAUUGUGAUACAUUCCAGCAUGGUGAUGAAGAUUGUCCUAGUAUAUGGAGAUCAUACUUGACGAAGCGGACAGCUAAUGAAGACCAAGAAAGCUUAGUUUUACCCAAUAUCUCCUGUUAUAACUGUGGCUCGGAUGAACAUUUUGGAGACGAGUGCAAUAAGCAAAGGUCAUCGCGGAUACCAAACUUAGGCAGCGCUUUCAGCGGUAACAACUUGCCACGUAACUUGCGUCCAUUGUACUUUCUUAGAUUAAAAAGUAGCGAUGCAGGAUCCUCCGAUGAUUAUAACCCAAACUCAACCCCAAGAGAUUACGAUUCAGAGUAUGACCCAAGAACGACGAAAAAACAUACAAGCAAUUUCAACUUCAAUAGUAGUGCGUCAUCAUAUGGCCAACAACAACCUUCUAGAACUGGGUUCAUACCAAUGAACAAUGCAGGGACAAGAUUUCCAUCCGGUCCAUCUUCAAGCACCUAUCGGAGUGGGAGUUCCCACAAUUUCGGCAGCUAUGGGCGGAAUGGGGGAUUUGGGAAUAACUCAUUGGAUGGUGGCUUUGGAAGAAGUAACUACGGAGGUAGUUCAAAGAAUGGGGCCCGACAACCGUCCAGAAGUGGAGUUGUGAAUAGUGGCGGUGCAUCAAACAGAGGUAAAAUCACAAAACCCUCGAGAAGUGGCUUAAUCGACAACAGCAAGGGCAAACCACAACCUUUCACAUGGUAUACCGCCGUGAAUUGUUUAAUCUUGACUGCUCAAAUAGGAUACAGGAUCUACCUAACAAGAGUGUCUACGAAGGGCGAGGUCAGGGUUAUUGAUGUUUCGCCCAAUUUGGCACUCAUUGAAUUCCCCAAUGCUAUGAUUGCAAAACCUGCAACUGCACCAGGUGCCCAUAUUAGAUUGACAAACUAUAGCUCCAGCAUCUUCAUGAGAGUUUUCAAGCAAGUGGUCCCCAACUAUCAUCCAUAUACAUUGGUGUCGCUCCCUCAAGACCGUAUUCAGAAGUUACUCAUUCGGAAAAGCAAUUUUCGAUUAUACAAUGGACACAGAUACUUGAUUACAGGCACUUACGACCCCCACUUGCUAUUCAUUAAUUACAAGCAAAGCUACUCAAACAAAAAAUUUUCCUUGUCCAAGCUACACGUGGAUGCGAAACGGAUUUUGAUUGUUGUUGGAGGCUCAGCGAUCUCUUUCGCUCUUCCAAUUCUUCGUGUCAUGAACUAUCACGGAAUCCCAACUAAAGUGGUGUGGGUCAUCAAAGACUUUCGUGACGUUUUGGCUCUCAAGUACUUUGACGGUAUAAUACAUGGAGAUGAUUUCGAGAUAUUCGUCACUGGCAACCAAACACUCCAAGAUGGGCAACAGCGUUUAAAGAAUGCCUAUAGCUAUGCAUCCAAUCUAAGCAGAAGGUCUGAUGCACCUUCGGCUCAUUAUGACUUAGAGAAUGAGGAAACACCACUUCUAGGCGGGACAGAAAAUGAGCCGAUUGUGACUUUAAAUCGAGAGAAUCAGGAUGAAGAUGUCGAUAUUGUUGUCAAUUCUGAUGAUGACGACGAGGGGGCAGACAACGACGCAAACUGUACUCGGCAUGACACAUCGUCACUUUGUCGAGAGUCCUCUCCGGAGCAGUUUGCUGAUCUCGAUGAGGUUCUAAGCGAUGAUGCCAACUCUUUGGAUUACGAUGACAACGAAUUCGAGGUGACUAAUAACACCAUAAAUACACGCCGUCUGUCAUUUAGGUCUUCCUUGAAUGAACCAUUUGUGCCCACCACCGACUGUCGCUCAACGGAUCAAGCGAGAUCCUGGGUCUCCGAGUUCAAAGAGACUACUAGGAGAUUGAAUCUUGAUAAAAAGAUCUACAAGGGACGUCCUAAAUUGAGUCAUCGGUACUAUAAGUGGUGUAUAAAUGAAGGGUUCACCCAAUGUUCUGGACCAGUGGAGGACGAAAAUCAUAACCUAAUAUGCUGUCGAGAUUUGCCUCAAAACAAGGUUGUCCAAGAGGAUAUUAAUGCUGAAAAGAUAUGGGUCAUUGGAGCUGGGCCAAGGCAAUUGGUAGAGAAUGUCAAACUAUGGUCAAGCGAAAACGGAUUAAAGUUUCACGAAGAAGCAUUUUACUCUUAG